AGCAGCAGCAGCACGUGGAGGAGCAGCAGCAGCACGUGGAGGAGCAGCAGCAGCACGUGGAGGAGCAGCAGCAGCACGUGGAGGAGCAACAGCAGCACGAGGAGGAGCAGCAGCAGCACGUGGAGGAGCAGCAGCAGCACGAGGAGGAGCAGCAGCAGCACGAGGAGGAGCAGCAGCAGCACGAGGAGGAGCAGCAGCAGCACGAGGAGGAGCAGCAGCAGCACGUGGAGGAGCAGCAGCAUCACGUGGAGGAGCAGCAGCAGCAGCAUCACCAGGAGGAGGGUCUCGAUGCCGCUGUGCGCGCGGGCCGCUGUGGUGGCGGCUCUGGCCGCACUGCUGGUGGGACGAGUUCGCGCCCGGGACCGGGAGUUCCACGUCGCCGUGCGGGAGGUGGACUGGGAUUACGCGCCCGGCGGUGGCAGCGGUGUUUCGCCGGAGCAAGGGCACGCUCACAUGUACCUGUCCCAGGGCCCGGCGCGGAUCGGCAGCGUUUACCGCAAGGCGGUGUUCCGCGAGUACACCGACUCCUCCUUCUCGCUCGAGUCUCCACGGCCGGCCUGGCUCGGCCUCCUGGGGCCCGUGCUCCGGGCCGAGGUGGGCGACGUGCUGCGCGUGAACCUGCGCAACCUGGCGAGCCGCCCCUACGGUCUGCACCCCCACGGCGUCUUCUACGACAAGGCCUCCGAAGGAGCGAGGUACCCGGACGGGACGUCGGGUGACGACGAGCUGGACGAGGCAGUGCCCCCCGGCGGCAGGCACACCUACCUGUGGGAGGUGCGCGAGGAGUUUGGGCCCACGGCCGACGACCCGGCGUGCCUCACGUGGGCCUACCACUCCCACAUGGAUGCCUCGCGCGACAUCGCCUCCGGCCUCGCUGGCGCUCUGCUCACGUGCAAGAGAGGCAUCCUUGACCCCGUGACCUCCAAGCGGCGAGACGUGGACCAGGAGUUCGUGGUCAUGUUUGCCAUCGUGAACGAGAACCUCAGCUGGUACCUCGGGAAGAACAUCCAGAGGUUCUGUGGGAGCCCUGACAGUGUGGAUACAGAGGACGAGGGCUUCGUGGAGAGCAACCAGAUGCACGCCAUCAACGGCCUCGUGUUCGGACACCUGCCGGGCCUGGAGAUGUGCGUGGGCGAGCGCGUGGCGUGGCACCUGCUGGCCAUCGGCGGGGAGAAGGACCUGCACACGGCGAGGUUCCACGGCCAGACGCUCGUGCUGACGGGCGGCGUGCGCGUCGACACCGUGGACCUCUUUGCCGCCUCCUUCGCGUCCGGGGAUGCCGUGCCGACGGAGGUCGGCUCGUGGCUGCUGACGUGCGGCGUCAAUCACCACGUGCACGCCGGGAUGCAGGCGCUUUACACCGUGAGGGACUGCGGGCGGGCGGCGCCCGCUCCGGCCGCGGGCGGCGAGACUCGCCGGUACUUCGUCGCGGCGGAGGAGAGCGUGUGGGACUACGGCCCCAGCGGCGUCGACGCCUUCACCGGGAAGCGCCUCGACGACCCCGAAACCGAGUCUGCGACGUUCUUUGAGCGGGGACCGACGCGGCUGGGCGGCAGGUACAAGAAGGCGCGCUUCGUGGGCUACACGGACGCGAGCUUCACGCAGCAGACUGCGCGGCACGCCGGGGAGCAGCACCUGGGCCUCAUGGGUCCCGUACUGCGAGCCCAGGUGGGCGACACGGUGGUGGUGACGUUUGUGAACCGGGCGACGCGGCCCUACAGCAUCCAGCCGCACGGCCUGCUCGUCACCAAGGACAACGAGGGCAUCGUCUACACGGACGGCCGCUCCGAGGCACAGCGCCGGGCCUCACACGUCCCACCGGGCGGGAACUUCACGUACACGUGGGCGGUGCCGCGGAGCGCCGGUCCCGCGGCCUCCGACCCCGACUGCCUCGCCUGGAUGUACUUCUCGGCCGUCGACUCCAUCCGCGACACCAACGCGGGGCUGCUCGGGCCUCUGCUCGUCUGCCGCCCGGAGGCGCUGGAGCCCUCGGGAAAGCAGAAAGCGUUCGACGAGGAGUUUUUCCUCCUCUACACCGUGUUCGACGAGAACGAAAGCUGGUACCUGGACGAUAACAUCGAGCACUUCGCUGGAAACGCCAGCGCCGUCGACAAGGAGGACGCAGACUUCCAAGAGUCCAACAAGAUGCACGCGAUCAACGGCUUCAUGUUCGGGAACCAGCCGGGUCUGUCGGUGUGCCAGGGCGGCCGCGUGUCCUGGAGCUUCCUGGGCGUGGGCAACGAGGUGGACAUGCACGGCGUCUUUGUGCUGGGCAACACGCUGCUGGCGGGCGGGCGGCGCAUCGGAUCGCUCGGCCUCUUCCCGCACGUCGCCCGCACGGCGAGCAUGGUGGCGCGCGUUGCCGGCAAGUUCGAGGUGGGAUGCCAGACCGCCGAUCACUACCUGGCCGGCAUGAAGCAGUUUUACUCGGUGUCCCGAUGCUCGGGGCCAGGCACCGCCGACCCUGGCGGCUCGCGGCGCCGGCGCGUUUACUACCUGGCAGCCCGCGAGGUCGACUGGGACUACUUUCCAGACGACACCUGGGAGAAGGAGCGACACGGGGACAACCCCGAGGCCAGCGAGGCCGCCAAGUUCACUGCCCGCGGGGACGAGCGGAUCGGCUCCGUGUACAAGAAGGCCGUGUACCUGCAGUAUGAGGAUGCCACCUUCACCAAGCUCCGCGGGAGAGGCCCCGACGAGGAGCAUCUCGGCAUCCUCGGGCCCGUGCUGCGGGCCGAGGUCGGGGACGAGCUGACCGUGGUUUUCCGGAACGAGGCGAGCCGCCCGUACAGCGUGCACGCCCACGGGGUGGAAGCGGCGGUGGGCGACACAACCGCCACCGAUCCCGGAAAGACCCACACCUACCGCUGGGAGGUCACGGAGGCCUCUGGGCCUGGACCGAGUGACCCCAACUGUGUCACGUGGACCUACUACUCCAGAGUGGACCCCGUGAAGGAUCUCUACAGCGGGCUGCUUGGGCCGCUCGUGGUCUGCGAGGCCGGCGUGCUGGGCGCGGAGGGCCGCAGGGCGGACGUCGACCGCGAGUUCGCGCUCCUCUUCCUCAUCUACGACGAGAACCUCUCGUGGUACCUGGAGGACAACGUGCGCACGUUCUGCGUUCACCCCGAGCGGGUCGACACCUCCGACGAGGGCUUCAAGGAGAGCAACCGCAUGCACGCGAUCAACGGGUGGCUGUACGGAAACGCGCGCGGCCUUCGCAUGUACCGGGGGGAGAAGGUGGCCUGGUACCUCCUGGGCAUGGGCAACGAGGUGGACAUCCACACGGUGCACUUCCACGGGGAGACCUUCCUCUACAAGAAGCGCCAUGAUCACCGGGGAGAUGUUCACGAGCUCUUCCCCGGCACAUCCGACUCCGUGGAGAUGAGGCCCCGAAAUCCAGGCACGUGGCUCCUGCAUUGUCACCUGACGGAGCACAUCUACGCCGGCAUGGAGACCACCUACCACAUCCUCGAGGGCAAUGCCGGCGGGGCGCUGCGUCCCAUGACCGCAGCCGGCGUGACGAUCCUAGCCCUGCUGCCGGCGCUGGCGGCGGUGGCUGACGUUUAAGCUGCCGUCCUUUUUUCGACAGCUCGUCGCGCUGAAUUUGUCAAUACCGAAGCGCGAACACUGCUGCGUCGGUUUUCGCGCGAUGCGUCCAGGGUUGUAGGCCGCGUGUUCAGGGCGCAAUGUUCACAGCGACCGGCAGCGGCCGGCAAACGCGAUGUCGUCGAGAGAGGGGAGAGGGAGGGAGAGCCGCUCGGUUCAGUUUCCUCAUUUUUCCUUGGGGCGAAACGUUGGACAUCGUGCUAAAAAAAAAACAACACGCGGUACAACUGUAAAAUACAUCGGAGAAUGAAGCACAACAACUUUUUUUUUGACUUGUUACACGCGCUAAGAGCGCAAUAUCAUGGUUUGCAGUUUUAGUUAAACAUUUUUUUUUAUAUAAAUGUCUGGGCAUUUAGUCUUGAUUUCUACAUGGUUUUUACACUUCCCGUGUUUUAAUCUUGCCACCUAAUUAUAUCCACUGAUCUGCCCUAUGCUCUUGACGUAACGAACCCGGCAUGGCAAAGGCACGGAUCUCGAAUUUAGCCAAAUGCUCCUUCGUCGGUCAAUGCUGUUAGCGAGCACUCGUCAUGGCCAGGAUGACACACGAACGGGUGUGGUAUGGGCCAACUCCACACCUGUGUGCAUUCGUCUUUGCAGUGCUGAAUUUUAUUCAGCGCAUCGGGGACUCGUUUUAAGGCUGAGUCAACCUAGGGGAUACCAAGGACGGGCUCGCACACGACUCGGGGAGCAGUGUUGUCACACUGCUGUGCCCUCCUGGCCUUGAUUGAGAAGCUGAUGUGGUCAUGUGAAUAUGAAGUGGGAGAUGGGAAGGCCGCUAGGCGUGGUGCUGUGCACGUCAGCCCUAAUAGGUGCUCGCAAAGCGCUCUCACAGCCUUAACGGUGGCGAGAUGUGAACUACCUCGCCUGGUAUGCAGGAGGUUGUGGGUUCGAUCCCGACCCUAGCGCCCUGUAUA